AACACAUCGUUCUACUGUCUGUAUUUCGCAAUUGUGAGAAAAUCAGGUCAAGCAAAGAAGAAAGUGAGGUGAAAAAAUGGCGAGGACCAAGCAAACAGCAAGGAAAUCGACUGGAGGAAAAGCUCCUCGCAAGCAGCUGGCAACAAAGGCGGCUCGCAAAUCUGCGCCUGCAACGGGAGGAGUGAAGAAGCCACACAGAUUCAGGCCCGGAACUGUUGCCCUUCGGGAGAUCCGCAAAUACCAGAAGAGUACUGAGCUUCUGAUCAGGAAAUUGCCUUUCCAACGCCUGGUCAGAGAAAUUGCGCAGGAUUUUAAGACGGAUUUGAGGUUCCAGAGCUCUGCCGUGGCUGCCCUGCAAGAGGCCUCUGAGGCAUAUUUGGUAGGAUUGUUUGAGGACACCAAUCUAUGUGCCAUUCAUGCCAAGAGGGUUACAAUCAUGCCUAAAGAUAUUCAGCUCGCUCGCCGAAUCCGUGGUGAAAGGGCUUAGUUUUUUCUUCUUUUCCCUCUUCUGGGUCUUUUUUAACGGUGUGUUUUCACACCACUAUUCGAUUUUGGGGUUUUGUCCUUCCCGUUUUCUGUAUUUGGUUGAUGGUGGAUUCUGAAGUUAUUAUCUGUUUAAAAGUAUUCACUGGUUUCCUGGUACGUACGAGGUAUUGUUGAGUUCGAUUCUGAUAGUUUCCGCAUUUUAUUUUAUGUGGAUCUGAGGACUGGGCGAUAUGCCAUUUGAGGUUUUCACAUUUUGAAAAUUUGAAAACUUAAAAUGUUCUUUUAUUUAUU